CCUUUGACCGAAACUCUGAUCAUACCACAACAAGGGAUCAGUGAUGUAACUGACUGAGGUGGAGUUCUUCAUUCAAAAACUCAAAAUAUUACUCUCAUUUCGUGAUAACCGUGAAUCUGAGCUGAAAAUGGCGGCUGAAUCUGUGCUAAAUGAUCUCCCAAUUAUGGAGAAUGGAACUGCCAGUGGAAUGGGGGCUUUUGAGGAAGGAUGGAGGUACAUGACGGCAAAUUAUUCCAGGUUUCAAAUCGCAACGUACAUGUCGGCAUGCCUUCAUAUCUGCACCUAUUUCAUCUUCUGCACCCCUGCAUUCAUCUUCCAGUUUUUCCGCUUCAUGGACCGGUACAAGAUACAGCAGGAUAAACCAGCCACAUGGGACCAGGAAUGGAAGUGUUUCAAGCUUGUCAUUGCAAACCAAGUUCUGAUCCAGACCCCGUUCUUCUCAGGGGCUUACUUCUACUGUCAGUACAUGAAUGUGCCCUUUGAUUAUGAAUCCAUGCCGGUUUGGUACAUGACACUUGCCCAGUGCUUUGGAAGUUUAGUACUCGAGGAUGCCUGGCAUUACUUCCUACAUAGAUCCCUUCAUCACAGAAGUAUUUACAAGUACAUCCAUAAGAUUCAUCACAACUUCCAGGCUCCUUUUGGAAUGGUAGCAGAAUAUGCUCAUCCUCUUGAGACUAUGAUUCUUGGAAUGGGUUUCAUGUGGGGUAUCCUCCUGUUCUGCAAUCACCUGAUCUUCCUGUGGUGCUGGAUGUGUAUACGUCUCAUUGAAACCAUCGAUGUCCACUCAGGAUAUGACUUCCCCAUCAAUCCACUCCAUCUCAUCCCAUUCUACGGAGGUGCUAAGUUCCAUGACUUCCAUCACAUGAACUUCAACGGCAACUACUCCUCAACAUUUACCUGGUGGGAUAAGAUCUUUGGAACGGACAUCCAAUACAAGGAAUAUUACAGCAAGCUGGAAGAGAAGAACAGUGGAAAGAAAGUCAAUUAAAUGCCAUUUCUCUUGGACUAAGCACUGCAGCAGGAGAAAAAAAAACAUCAUAGGGGAUAUUAAACAUCCUUGUGAAAACACAGUUUCCCAAAGGAUGUUGUGGGGAAUUACAAGGUAUCUGCAGAGAGAAAAAGGAGGAAGAUUCUUUACUUUUUCAAAUGAUUGAACAGAAACUUUAUGGUGAAAAAGUAACUAAAUUUCAAGUAGAUCAAUGAAUUCGCAUUAUGAUAGCACUGGAGUAAUCCAACAUUAUUUAUUUGCUUUUCCAUAUUUUCUCAACGUUAAAAGCUAUUACAUGACUGAUACUGAGUAAGUCGUAUGUGGAAUAGAGUGUGUAAAAUUAUCAAGGAAAUGAUGAAGAGUUGAGCUAAAUUAUCUUCCUGAUUGAUCGCUAGGGUACAUUUUACGUUGAAUUUGCCAUCUAUGUUUGAAAAGGUUGAAAUGCAGUAUCGAUGGAUGCAUUGGUUCUCUGUGAAGUUGCGAUGGUAGUCAUGCUUGCUCGAUAUAUGUAUCAAAUAAAGCGGAAUCAAGGCAUGAAACUGGCAUAUACCACGGUUAUAAACCAUGGAUUCUAAAUCAUCUUGGGCUUAUAAGGGUCCUACCAAUAAACGUACACGGUAGCAACACUUAACAAAACUGCUAAGUGUUACUGUCCUUGUGAUUGGUUGGGUCAUACUGUCAAAUUCUAAGCCAAUUAUAGGUAUCGGCCUCUGUAACUUAUGGUUAAUUUAGUUAUUGAUAGAACAUGUUGGGUAAAUAUUGACAAAGCUUUCAUAUCUUUAGGAUGAGCACUAACACUCCCUUCAUAGCAUCCUGUGUUAUUCAAAUUCUGAGAAACAAGACAUGGCUGAGACUGGGGGAGCAUUUCAUGAACAUUUUUGUCUGACAACUUUCCUUGAUUUUGAUUGGCUAAGAAGCACUGUUACUAUGUAAACUGUCAGAUAAAACAAGACUUGUCGGAUAAAACAUUUGACAGUCCUUUCAUGAAAUGCUCCCCAGGUGACAAGAAUGAUAUGAUGCCAGCGAUCAAAUUUAC